ACAUGAAAUAGAACAGGUGUAACACCUGAAAAGUUGGAGAGUCUUGCCGCUCGGAGUACACAGCGCUACCAAAAACCGGACUCCGAUACCCGAGAGAACCGUAUAAAUCGGUUGAAAGCAUUAGAAUGUGGUCCGGUUCAGCGCUGGUUCUGCUCUGUGUAAUUUUGACCGUGAACGCAGAAGUCCACUCGCUGACCUACAUCUACACGGCCUUCACCCGGCCCGUCGGCCUGCCCGGCAUCCACGAGUUCUCUGCCAUCGGCCUGCUGGACGGCCAGCCCAUCGACUACUUCGACAGCGACACCCAGGUGAAGGUGCCCAGGGAGGACUGGAUGAAGGAGCGUCUGGACAAGGAAUACUGGGACAAGGGCACCAGCUCCCGGCAGACCAAACAGCAGUGGUUCAAGGUCAACCUCAAGAUCCUCACCGACCGCCUGAGGAAGAAUGACACAGAUAACCACGUUCUCCAGUGGAGACAUGGAUGUGAGGUAAACACUGAAGGCCCUAAGAGGAAGCUCAGUGGGAUUGACCAGUACAGCUAUGACGGAGACAACUUCCUGUCCUUCGACAGCCAUCACAAGCAGUGGGUCGCCCCCAUGUUCGGAGCCCUGCCGACCAAGCGCAAGUGGGACCGCAUCCAGGAGCUCAACGACUACACCGACGAAUACCUUCACAACGAGUGUGUCCAUUGGCUGGACACCUUCCUCAAAUACAGGAAGGAGGCCAAUAUUACGGCCUUGCGACCGGAAGUCUACAUGUCCGCCAGGCCAUUCAAGGACAACCUGAAGCUCAGCUGCCUGGCCACAGGCUUCCAUCCCAAGGAGAUCACUAUGAACAUCAGGAGGGACGGCCAUUUGGUGGACCGCUACGAUGGUCUGCAGUCCACGGGGGUCCGUCCUAACGGGAACGGGACCCACCAGAUCAAGAUGUGGGUGAUGAUUCCUGGGGGCGACACGGCCAAGUACACCUGUGAAGUCAACCACCCUGCGAGCAACAUCCAUGAGGUCAAAGAGUGGGAUCACCACGUGGAGGCUGAGGGACCCCCCAUUGGACUCAUUGUCGGGGCUGCUGUUGGUCUACUGGUGGUGGGGGUCAUUAUCACUGGUGUGGUGAUUAUCCUCAGGAGAAAGAGGACACCAGCGGAAAAAGUUGUCCCGAUCCAGCCCGUGCAGAUGGAACACCAGACCCUACUCACAGGUUCCAGCUCUGGUAUGAGCUCUGGUUCUAGCUCCAGUCUGGACCAUCCCCCUGAUCUAACUCAGGUCUGAGUCCCGACCACCACCUCCUGGGGCGUCUUGUUACAUUCAAGACUUCCACUCCUGAUUGCUGGGUUUCUUCUACGCUUUCUUUUACGCUUUCUUUUACGCUUCUUCUUUAGUGUUGUAAAUAAACUUCCAAAGCUUUUCAAAUCUUAUUUGGAAAAUAACUUCACAUGGUGUGUCUUUUUACAAUUUAUUCGUUACCAGCAUUUGUAGUGUUGAUCAGCAGUGAAAUAGUCCGCUAUAAGACGUUGCUUAGCAACCGAAGACGCUGGGGUAGACAAGUCACCGGACUACUACCCAUGCAAGUGAACGGAGCGUUCCACGGCAUUGAGAAGACCCGUGUAAUAAAGGCCUAUAAAAUGUCGGUUUAUGGCAUAGAUUUCUCCUCAAAUUAGGCCAAUAAAGCAAUGAUAACAAAAACAAAAAAAACGAUUGAUUGUUUAAUUGUUUAACAUGAAUUGGCUAAACAAAUGACCACUGUAGCAUAUUUAAACACAAUUCAAAUUGUGCAGAGAAUUAUUUCCAUUGGUCAUUGUCAGUGGCGGCUGCCUGCCGAUCAAACAUGUUGGUGGGGCACAGUAACAGACAGGGUUCUGAGGUUCUCCCCCCCCCCCCCCCCCCCCCAUCAUUUUUUUGGAAUUUAAUAGAUUUGAAUUCCUGUAUUCUGGUGCAUUUUGGGGAUGGCCACUACCUAUUUACCUGCUUUUCAUUCAGAUUCAUAGCCUACAUCCUGACUUGCAGGGCCUGGACAAGCUUACACUGCAUAUACAGACCUACUUCAUGGCCAUUCCACCAGCCAUUGCUAUUUGACCCAUUGUUGUUAUUCUGAUAUUGAGACAAAUCAUGAUCACUGUCCUAUAGCGUCCAUUUUUUGUGAGUCUCAAUGUCUACUUCAAAUGCAGUUAGAAAUAUGGGACAGUUGCUUCAUUUUGUUUAUAUGCUACAGGCCGAAAGACUAAAUUAAUAUGUAACUUACCUGCUCCUUUUAAGUAAAACAUUGCUUGGGGAGUCCAAUUCCUCCACUGAAAAGGGUGGAAAGUGCUCACAACUCUCUGCUAGUUAGCGAUCUAUGACACUGUUGUUUUUUAUUGGUCGUCAUGAAUAAAAACAUAAGGGGUAA